CCUAAACGUCAAAAUUUUUUAACGUCAAAAAAAUGUGCAAUCAAAUAAAUUUUAUACUCUAAGAUAUUUCAAAUUUUUGAAUAUUUUUAAAAAUCCUAUUUAGUUUUAAGGUUAGAAUAAUGUCAGAGUUACCAAGUGAACUGGUGGCCAAGCCACUGGCACUAAUAGGCCUCAGUGGUCUAGACAUUUCAAACUCAAUGCACCGCUCAAUUUGGGAUGCGUUCAGCAGCAACCGUCGUCCUGACGGACCCGCGAUACAAUUCAAGCUCCUGUCACCUCACCACAAGUUUCCAACAGCGAAACCCAAGAGGAAUUCCUACGACUGGUACAUCCCCAAGGGAAUACUAAAGCGCAACUGGAUGAACAAGUACCUCAAUGAAGUCCCAUCAGUCGUGGUUCAUUUUUACGACCUAGACUGGAACGAUCCCAUGUGGAACGAGAAAAAAAUGGAGUGCGCAUCUCGAGUCCAGUCUCUCCGAAGGUCCCUCGAAGGUCGUUCGACAAAAAUAGCCGUCGUUUUAAUCCAAGUCGUCGCUUCACCAGCUUCCGGUGCUGAGGACGUCAUGACAACCGAACGUGCAGCUGCCCUCUGCUCGGCUUGUGAGCUCGCAGCCAAAUCUCUCUACGUUCUACCUCACGGAGAUCAUCUCCAUGGCUACACAUCGAGAUUAGAAAACGCUUUCCACGAAUUGUCUCAGAAUUUUUACCACCAUCAGUAUCGAAUUGUCAAGGGACAUCGUGACCAAUUAAACAAAACCUCCCAUCAGUAUUUAUUUGUCCGGCAUCAGUAUAAAAUGGGAUUUCUCAAUGAAUUCAAACAGGAGAAGAUGAUUGCACUGAAGCAUUACCAGCAUGCGUACAACAAUUUACUAGAAAUCCGCAUGCUGGAUACCAACACUUUUGAAAUAAAGACAAUCGCCAGCUUCAUAAAUUACAAACUCUGCAGGCUGAUGUUCUCUUCAAACCAACCGCGUGAUGCUAUCUCGCAAUUCCGAGCGCACGUCGAUAGAUUCAGAUCGCGAACCGGUCCCGAGAACAUAAUAUUUGAACACCACGCAUGGAUGGCCAGUCAGUAUUCAACAUUCGCUGAGCUGUUUGACGAAGCUAUCAGACAAGGAUUACCACCAGUUCAAACUCAACAUCCUGGUUAUUAUUUCCAGUUAGCAGCCCAGCAUGCAGGACUACGUCAGUCGGCUUGCAAGCAGCUGUGCGACGUCGAGGAACCACCAGCAGAUCAGCUACUAGAUGAAGGGAAGCUCGAGUUCUAUGGCCAGAGACCCUGGAGACCUAGUAAGCACGGCGUGGAACCCGCUGACGUCGCUCGCGAGGACGCGGCAAUCGCGGCGCUGAAGUUCAAAGAAAAAAAUGUCAACCACUCGAUGAUAAUCAUCGGGUUACUAGGGAACGCGAUGUCGCAGUUCAAAUUGUGUCGGUGUCCCAGAAUGCGGCGGCUCCUGGUCGUCCAGAUGGCCGCCGAGUAUUACAACGAACGCGACUAUGGCAAAGUCCUGACUCUACUUAUGCACAUGCUCUGGGAGUACAGGACAGAACAAGAACGUUGGCCAGUUUUGCUUACGGACAUUUUGAAAAAUGCUUUGAGGGCUGCUUAUUUAUCAACGAGCAUUCAGGAUUACAUCACGCUGGCUAUUGAAGCCUUGGGACCAUUUACUACCUUCACAAAAGAACAAAGAGCUGAUAUUUAUAACAACAUUGUGAAAAUAAUUUCACGAAAAAUUCCCGACUGCGAAUUCGAUCUUCCGAGCGACGCCAAAAAAUUAGCGGUCGAUAAAUGGGCCUCGGAACUGAACCGUCCGGACAAUUUUAUUUUUACAAUCGAUGACAAUAAUAUAUCGUCUUUCAUAUGUGUCAAGGCCAGUUUUUCAUCACCGCAGUAUACCGUCGGUGGUUCUGUGAUAGUAAAUAUCUUCGUAAGAAAUUUUUACGAAAGCGAAAUUGAAUUUUCUAAAAUAAUCGUGACGAUUGGAACCGGGGGCUUGAGCUCCGAGUUUCCUGUCAAAGAAACUGCUGAUAAAAAUCUCUGCUUUGCCGCCAAGGAGACAAAAAAAUUCGUCUGCGAGUUUCCAGCAGAUCAGCAACCGGAAACCAGCGAAAUAAAAAUAACCGCAGUGUCACUUUAUUUAGGAAAUGAUGAUAAUUUUUGUAUCGUCAUGAAAUUUUCAGCAGCUGGAAGCGACGCGGCUGUGCUGGACCGGUUUUACCCAGACAUCCAGCAGCUCCGCAAUGGAACUUUCGAAACAAUCAGACCGAUUACUGCUGCUGAAAUAAAACAACCAGAGUCCAGUCUGAAUAUUUCAGUGGAUUCAUCAGCGCCAGCGUUAGUCAGCGAAUGGCUGCCUGUUAAAUUGUCUCUGUCAUGUCACCAAGACAUUAAAGAUAUUAAAAUAAAUCUAAAGCAAAUAAUCGGUGAUAAUUCAAGUGAUCGGACAACUGAAUUAUCACUCGAUAUGUCUGAUAAGCAGAGCGCAAUAACAAUUGAAUUAAAAUCUCUGGAUAAAAGUAAUCCAAUUGAGAAAACAAUUUAUGUAAGAUCUCACCAAGUGAGCACACGAAAUUUCCUGGUGAAGGUAGACUACGCAGCUGACGAUGACAUAAAACGCAGCAAGGAGAUGACGUACUCGUUGCCAAUCGUCAAGCCAUUUGACGUGACAACCCAAUUUUACACCCAACUAUUCGAACCUCUGACGAAAGCUUUCGUCAACGAGCAGUUCAUUGUAAUGCCGCAUGUUGUCUGCACCUCGCCCUGGCCAAUCCUUAUCUUGGACACGUCCGUCGAGCUCGGGAACUCGAUGGCCAGUAAAAGUACUGAGCAGACCAGUGUCCUGAAGGACGUCACCCUAAGAGACGGAGAGACAGCGACGGACAUUUACUGCGUGAUACCCAAAGCUGGAAGCGAGCAGCCGACGUCCACUGGAGUCUACACGAUAAAAUGGAAGCGCGACAACCAGGACCAGGCCAUCGAGACAAGUAUCAGUGUCACGUUGUCUCCAGUCUGGGUCGAAGAUUCUGUCGUUGGACUGGAAGCAAAACUUCCUGCUCAGGGCUGGGUCCAAACUCCUCUCUGUGUUGAAUAUUUUAUCAAAAAUUAUUCGGAUUAUCUUUUCACACUGCGACUUACUAUGGAGGCCAGCGACGCGUUCAUGUUCGCUGGACAAAAACAAGUCGAUAUUUCCGUCAGACCUAAUAAUGAAAAAAAAAUAGAGUGGAUUUUGAGGCCAUUAGUUGCUGGAUUUGUUGCUUUACCAACUUUAUCACUAUCAGUGCCUAUAGAUGAUGAACACAAACUGUUUAAUAAAAAUAGGCUACUUGAACUUUUAGGAAGGUCUUUACCAACUCAUAUUUAUAUUAUGCCAAAAUCACCAACUGCGGAAACGUAAAAAUAUUUAUUUUAAUGUUAAAUAUUAAAUAAACUUUUAAUGUAUGAUAGUAUAAAAUAUAUAUAUACAUAUAUAUGUAUAUGAACUUAUAUGUAUUUGUUAAAUAUGUAAUUAAUUAAUGAAAAAAUAAUUUAAAAUUA